AUGUCAAAGCGUGAAGUUGAAGAUGGCGAAUUGUCGGAUGAAGAUGAACCAAAAGCAAAAAGAACAAAAGAAUAUGAAGAUUUUGUAAUUGAUUCUGGAGGAAUUCGAGAAGCUGAUCCAGAAGAAGAAAAUGACAAUGAAAAUGAGAUGAAUGAUUCAAAAAGUAAUUGGAAAGAUAUGAUGGAAAAACAAUUAUUGGGUGAAAAAGCAGUCGAAGAACAAAAACCUCGACGAAAUCGAAAUACUUGUUUUAAUUGUGGUGGAGAUCAUUUAAUCAAUGCUUGUCCAGAACCACGUGAUUUUAAUCGAAUUCGAAAAGCACAAUUGGAAAAACGAUUACAACAACAAAAUAAUACAAAUAAAAGAUAUGUUGAUGAUUCGAAACAAUCAAAUGACUCGAAAUUCAAAGCGGGAAGAUUGAGCUCGAAAUUAAGAGAAGCAUUGAAUAUAGGACCAGAUGAUAUUCCAGAAUGGAUUUAUCGAAUGAGAAGAAUGGGAUUUUAUAAAGGAUAUCCACCUGGAUAUUUGAAAAAAGCUAUCAAGGUAAAUUAUUUUGAGUUUUUGUAAAAAAUAUACAAAAUUUUUAGAUUGACAAUUCUGGAGAUCUUUUGAGAUUUCAUACAACUUCCACAAAUAUUGUUCAAGUUCAAAGAGAUGCUUCAGAAUUUAGACCAUCUCCAAUUGUUGAUUCGACCAAAGUAAUAUAUUACAUGGGAUUUAAUAAUAGUUAUCGAGCAUUGAAAGAUUUGGAACGAUUCAAUGUUCCACCAUUUGAGAAGUUUUGCGAAUUUCUUCAAGAGGUUUGUUUAUUUUUUGGAGAAAUUUUUGAAAAAAAAGCAUACUAUUAUUUUAUAGGAAGUCGAUGAUAAACAUAAAAGAGAUGAAAUUAUUCGAGUUCAAGAAGUUGAAAUAGCAAAAAGAAACAAAUCAAAGGGAGAUCAAAAUAAUGAAUUGAAAAAUGAAAAAGAAAUUGAAGAUGUUAUGAUAAUUGACAGAAAUGGAGAUUCUGAAGAUAGUGAACAUAAAAAAGAAGAUGAAAAUGAUGAAACAAUUGAUAGUUCGAUUAUUGAUGAUUCUCUAUUGGUAAGUAUAUUUUCUUGAAUACAAAACUCUGUUUUUUCACAAAAUGAUUCUUCGAAAAUUUUAGUUUUUUCCUGAAGUUUUUACGUGAAUCUGAUGUUUCAAAUAGUUUAAAUUUAGACAAAUUUAGAAUAUCAAAAAAUUCGCUCCCACAAUUAUUAUAGGCAUAUCCCUGAAAUCUCCUGAAAAAUUACAUGAAUACAGGUUUAUAUUUUUUUUGAAAAAAUCAGUUUUUUGCAUUUAGAAAACUUUGAAACGUUAUAACUAGUUUUUGGGGCGCAUUUUGCAUGAUAGGAUUUGAAUAAUAAUUACCUCGUGGAAUUUUUGAAUCUCCAAAAAAUACAAUAUUUCAUUUCCUCUAGUGUUUUCCUAGUCCCUUUUUAAAUGUUCAUCUCACAAUUAGUUUUCCUAAAAAUGAACCCCAUAUUUUUUGUGAUAAUUUGACACUGAUAAGUGUGUAUUGAUUAUUUUUUCCCAGUUUAUAAAUAAAUAAAUGUUUGUUUUUUUUUUGCAGGGCGAUUCAAUUUCUCUACAUAUUGGUACACCAGUUGUUUCUCGCCGUGCAGCUGAUGGUUCUUUAAUUCGCCAAAGUUUGCCAGAUUUGGAGAAAUUCACUGUUGGAAUUGUGCCAUUUGAAGCAAAAGAAGAAGAUGUUGGAGAAAAGGGGAUUUUCAAACGAAUUAUGAGCAAAAUAAAGAAUUUUGCGACCGGAGGAAGCGGAGGAGAAUCGACUUCAAAAUCAUGA